AUGGAAAUAACAUCUCAACUUUGUCGAUUAACGGUUCAACAAGCGCAAGACAAAAACGUUUUAUGUCCAGGAAAUUUAAAACAUAAUAUAUUUACUGUAUCUGCACUAGAUAAUAUCGAUUACAACCCAAGUAGCUCAACCAGAGUUCGAUCUGAUCCUGCACUCCCCGAUUUUUAUUCAAAUUUACCGGACUGCAUACUUCCAUCAUCCAAAGGACAAGCCGCUACCUCAGAAGCCAAUGUCUUAAAAAUGGUGCGGCCUUUAGGCCUUGAAAAUUGUUACUGGAGGCAUGAAGCAAACUGGUUAACCAAUGUAAGAAACAUUAUCAACGACGAACGUGGUAGCGUUUAUCUCACUGCAUCCUGGGCAGCGUUCCAUGCACAAGAAAAUCCCAAUCAACAUCCUAUAGCUAUUAAUGAUGGAAGUGGUUGGGCUAAUAUUGUAUCUAAUUCUAGUAUCCGGUCUAAUAGUUUUGCUGAGGCGGUAAUGAAGGUUACACAUAUAACGAAAGCUCGAUCAUUACAUCAAAUCACAGCAGCUACUUUGUACAUACUACUUAUGGAAGCAUAUGAUUCAGAGAACUCUAAUCAAGCUACUUCAAUAUCUGAAUGGGUGGAUGAGAAGUCCAAAAGUUCUUCCACUUUUGAAUAUUGGAUUCUUUUGCUAAAUUUGGAAAUUUUAUUGCUCUGCUUUGUUCGGUCUAUACGAUUAGGGGAUUACGUUUUAUUUAAGGAUAGCUUGAGAGAAGCGCUACCGUGGAUAUUUAUCUUUAACCAUUCAAACUAUGCAAGGUGGUUGACAAUUCAUUUACGUGACCUUGAGGAACUACCCACGAAAGCUCCUGAUGUAUUUAAAGAAUUUAGUUCAGGAAACUUUGUGGUGCGAAAAACUUCUAACCCAUUUUCAGCUCUCGGAGUGGAUCAUGCUCAUGAACAAAAUAACGCCCGAGUAAAAGGGGAAUGUGAAGAUUCUGAUCAUUUACCAGUUCACCACGAACAGUACCGCAGCUUUCAACAAUGGUUUAUUUCAGAUUGUGCUGCUCUUAAAGAAAGCUUCCUACAGCAUGAGAAUCCUUAUCUUAUUAACGGUAAAGAUCUUCUAGCAAUUGACAGUUUGCAAGUCGUUUCUGAAGAAGGAACUGAUUGUUUAUACUCUUUGGAAAAAUGA